AUGGGUAAUUCGUACGCUCAGAAUAUUCAAGAAAUUGUCGACAAGCGCAUUGCCUCGCUUCAGUAUCUUAAAGAUGUUCAACGAGGGAACAUCUUUUGGUUAAACACAAUUCAGUUUUCGAAAAAGGAGUUUGACAAGAUUCCUACGGACGAUUCAAAAAACCUUUUCAAUGCAAAUCAUUAUUUUAUUCUUGGUGGAUCAGUACCUGGUCUAAUCACUUCAAAAGCUUUAAACUUGACAGAGUACCUGACAAACUUUUUAAUGCUCAUGAAAGAAUAUAAUUCUUUCAUCAAUCCAACCUCUGAUACUUUAAGUAGCAAAGCCAAAAUGACUGGCGCAGUUGUCCAAGUUGGCCGAAGGUUAUUUAAAUCAAGAACAAAACAUAUAAAUGGUGCAAACAACCCAAGCAAUCUACUUGGACGUAAUCUCAGUUCGUCAAAUCUCUUGGCAGACUCCGAGUCUCCAAAUUAUGUCUCAAAUUUUAACGGAUCAUCAGCUACAACCAUGCUAAAAAGUCCUUCUUCAUCUUCAGAAACAUCUAAUCUUUCCAUACAUCCACUCUCUAGUACAAUCAGCAAUAAUAGCAAUCAAGGUAGUAGCCAAUCCCAGUUACCGAUUACAUCUCACUCAGCUUCUCUUUCAAUCUCAUCCUCAUCGUCUUCAUCUUCAGCUUCUUCAGGAACCACAUCGUUAUCUGGGUCAAGUUUCGGCUUAAGAUCGCGUCCUUCUUCGGUCAUUGCAACAGCUACGAGUUUUUCAUCUUUAAAAACCGCCGCAAGUAAUGGUUUUGGAAGACAUAGACUCGACAAAAGCAAUAGAGAGUCAUUAACAUCAUUAGGUUCUUCUAAGAACGCGUCAAAUCUUACAAUUAAUGAGUCCGGCACGUUUCAUGCCAAUUCUAGUAGUACUAGCAUAGGCAGUCCGAUUCCAACACUUUCAGGGACCGCAGGAAGUCAAAUCGUUAAUUCUAUGAUACCAACAUCAAACGGCCAGAUAUUAACUAAAGAAUUUUCGCAUCUAACUAUAUAUCAUAUGCCUUUUUCUCCCGACAUGUACGAAACUUUUCAAACGUUGUGCGAGGUGCUAAUUGAAGCAUAUCGAAAGAUUUAUUCAUUUUUAUCAUUACCACCUCCUCUUUCCUUGAUAAGCGAAGAAACUUACAGUAACUAUUUUUCAACAAAUCCUAAUGAAGUGCCACACAAUUUUUCAAGUACCAACAGUUUUUUAAAAACAAACGGUGCAAGUCAUGACUCUUAUGAUUUAUUACUGAAGAUAGACGAGCACAUAAAAAAGUUUAUAAUCAGUCCAUCUGUCCGAGGAAUUGACAUGAUGUCGAAAAGUCUUAUUUACGAAGAAACAAAAAAAUUGGAAAACAUUUUAAUACAUACCAAGUAA